AUGGAUCGAACUCAAGGACAACCACCCGUGCUCCUUUUGUCCCACGGGACAACCCUUCUCACCGGCGACGAGAACCACAUUCGGGAGUACUGGCUCCAGCAUGGCGAGCAGGCGUUGAGAUAUGGUAUCAAAGGAGUUAUUAUUAUGGGUGCGCAUUGGAACGUCCCUGGCCGUAAGAUUCAAGUUUGCGCCAAUUCAAAUGCAAAAGCCCAGCCAAUUCCACUGGUCGAGCGGGCCAAAUACGCCGAGUACAGCCCUAACACGGACGUUACGACCGCACUGAGGUGCAUCUCCAUGCUCAAGAACGCCGGAUUUGAAUGUGAAGCCGAUCCGACAUUCGACUGGCGUAUCGACACAUUUCCCAUGCUCUUCCGGAUGUUUCCUAACGGCUGUCCCCCAGUGACGAUAGUCUCGCAGAAUUCGUACUUCGAGCCUCACUUUCACAUUGAGAUUGGUCGAGUGCUUCGGCCGCUGCGCCAGGAAGGCUACCUCUUCGUGGCAUCAGGUGGAGGUGUGCACAACUUAUACCGCACGGAUUGGAAAUACCAGAUCAAGUAUCGGGACAGUUUUGCGCAGGAACUCCCUCCUGAAGGCACGCACCUGGAGUUUCGUCAGGCGUUGGAAGACGCUCUGUGCAAAAAUGGAGGUGGUCCCGAACUGAAACGCGCAGUGGUACGGCUCAUGAAGCAUCCCAACUACCGUGAUGCCCAUGGAACGGACGAUCACUAUAUGCCGACGUGCUUUGCAGCAGGCCUUGCAGGCGAGGAGCAGGAUCGAAAGGACUCCGUCACUCUGGGAGCGGAGGUGUGGGAAUUAAGAAAUCAAGCCGAAACUCAGUUUGCUAUUGGCGACUGGCCGAAGUGGGUCGAGUCUGUUGUAUAG